CAUGGAUCUACUGUUUAUGAGCCGCACUGACUGACAGCUGGCUGAUGUUGUUUGAUAACAUUGGUACGGUUGUGUGCGAAAGGCAACAACGCAUCGACCAGGCAUGAACCGGAGGCUCAAAAAUGCGUGAAAAAUGUCGUCUUUGCCUCGGAAGUUUACCGAACGGACCGAGCCUAUCGAUAAGGGACACCACGCUGCAUGUGGAGCUAAAAAAUGUGUUCCAUUUUGAGAUUGCGUUCGAUGUGCAGCUUCCAGAAUGCGUGUGCGAUGAAUGUAGAUGCACGGUGGCCAACAUUAGCUCCUACUGCCACCGGGUACGGCUCAACCAGAAACAGUUGAUCGAACAGACUACGAAAAACACUCUGCAGCCGGUGGAAAAUGUGAAGGUUGAGUCGCUGUACGAUGAUGAUUAUUUCGAGGCGGAAGAAUGGCCUUCCAACAGCGUUCCUGGUGUGAGAGAGGGGACGCAAGAAGUUCAACCGAGUAGCGCAGGAUGUUCCGAAGCUGAGAUACAACCCGAUUCAUUAGUAGGGAACGGUACGGAUAGUGCGCCUGAAGAGGAGCAAGUGCACCAAAUAUCCCGGAGGAAGAGUCGCAGAUUCGUGGAAGAUAGAAUCAUCGCAACCAAAGACAGCACACCGCAGGACAGCUCAAAGCGAGAAGUGCAAGCCAAGCAGCUGGAAAACGAUCGGCUGAUAAAAGAUUUCUUCACCCUUGAGUGUGAGAUAUGUUCUGCACCGCUGGACAGCUUCGUAACGCUGCUAGACCAUUAUCGACAGGCGCACAGCACGCGAGGAUACGUGCGGUGCUGUGGUAAGCAGUUCUUUCGUCGCUACAUACUGGUGGAUCACAUUGCAGCACAUCGCGGUUCGACUCGGUGUGAAAUUUGCAAGAAAACGUACAAAACCAAACGGUAUCUGUUGCUGCACAUCGCCAAAAGCCACAGCAGCGAGGCGGAUCGGCCAUUCAAAUGUGGCAAGUGUCACAUUUCCUAUCCCAAGCAGUAUCUGCUACGGGCACACGAGCUGCUGCACGUGCAGCAACAGUGCCACAUUUGCCAAAAGGUGCUCUCGAACAAUCAGUCGCUCAAGGUGCACAUCGCCCAGAUGCACGGUGAUGAUGGCAAUCACAUCUGCGACACGUGCGGCAAGGUGUUUCGCACGAAACCGGCGAUGGAACGGCACAUCAACGAGCACCGGGGGCUGGAUUUGGUGGAGCGGCUGCAGUGCGAGUACUGCAAGAAGUGGUUCAGCGGGAAGUACAAUCUGAACAAGCACAUACGCUUCCUGCACAUGCAGGAUGGGCAGGCGUUUCCGUGCGACGUUUGUCAGCACGUUAGCCCGAACAGUCGGGCCCUUGCGAACCACAAGCAGCGGAUACACGUGGAGGAACGGUUUGAGUGUGAGUACUGCGGGAAGCGGUUCAAGCGCAGACCCAACUUGCGCGAACACGUUGCGACGCACACGAACGUUCCACUGUAUACGUGCGAAAUCUGCGAAAAUCGUACCUUCAACUCGAAGGCAAACUAUUUUACGCACCGCAAAAACAAACAUCCGCAGGAAUGGGAGGCACGGGCCCGGUUGCGGACGGAACGGUUGAUGAAUAAUACCGGGAACCAGUAGAAACAAUUUGGCUUACGCUGUACGUGUGUAACGGGCCGUUCGGCAUUGCUUGCUGUUAGCACGUGGGACGAUAUUUUAAAUAAACUAGUUUUAAUGUACAUACCAACAAA